AUGUUCUUGUCUUUUCUGCUAGCCAGUGCUUUGUGCGUUGUUGUGAAUGCUCAACAGCAACCUCUUUCUUCUUCUCCAUCAGCUCACUCAAUCACAAUCGAUGAGAUCAUCUUAUCAACUGACUCCACCGGAAAAAACAAAUGUUGCCCUGCCGGAACUCUUUUUAACGGUCAAAAUUGUGUUUCACAGGCAGUAUCAGUCUGCCCAGCCAAAACUCAUCUGGAAGGGAACUCUUGUGUAAGUGAUGGUCUGCCUGACUGCGGACCUGACGCAAAGUUUAGCCCUACUUCAUUUUUGUGCAUCUCAAAUACACCGCCAAAGUGUCCACUUGGCUCUGAUUUUGAUAGCACCAGCAGAGUCUGUGUAUCCUCACAACUUCCAUACUGCGACGAAGAUGAUUUCGGAUUCAACGGCCAGUCAUGCAUUUUUAUAGGGGACAAAGCUUGUCCAUCUGGAUCAUAUCCCAAGGGUACAGAAUGCGUUUCAAAGCAACCUCCAACAUGUGAAGAAGGUUAUAAGCUUGAGAACGGAACAUGCACACAUUCCCAGCCUCUAAAAUGCCCAGACGCUAGUAUGCUCCUAGAAAAGGGACUAUGCAUAGUGAAGAAACCACCAAGCUGCGGCCCUGGGUUUGAGUAUAAAAACCAACGCUGCUCUCAUUCUGAGAAGCCAACUUGUCAGAAUGGUAUAUUAAAGAAUACAAGCUGCGUGUCGCAUGACGCCCCGAAUUGUAAGACAGGCAAAUUUAACGGAACGGUCUGCCAAUCAGAGCAAGGCCCAGUUUGCUUUAGCUCCGAUCUUCAAAACGGAGUAUGCACCUCACCUCCUAUGUGCGAAGAUCCGACAUUGUUUACCACAAAUCCCAGUACCUCUAAUGGAGGCUGCUGCUCACCCGGAACUAAGUUCGAUAAGAGUAGAUGUACUGAGCCAGACUGCUUCGCGGGAUUCAAAUUCAAUGGCCAAGUCUGUGCAUUUCAUCAACCGCCAGCCUGUGAGGAGGACUCGUAUCUGUCUGGCAAAAUCUGCGUCCUUAACAACGAGAGCCCAUUUUGUUCUACAGGAAAAUUUGAUUCCAAAACUGGCGCCUGCGUUCUCCCUGAUCCUCCAAAGUGUCCAGUCGGAUUGACCUUUUCAGUUAAUACCGGUGAUUGCUUUUCUACUACACAACCUGACUGCCCGCCUGGAAUGGCAUUACAUGGUGACGAUUGCAUAUCAUCUAGCAAACCCGGCUGUCCUUCAGGACAAGCGUUGGUAGGUUCGGCUUGCAUUACAUCAAAACCAGCUCAGUGUCCAUCGGGGACAACUAUAGUUGGAGUCAGUGCCUGCAUUCUCUCUACCGGCCCAGGCUGUCCACAAAAUUCAGUGCAUUCAAGUACCGAUGAAUGUGUCUCUAUCAAGCAGCCCGUCUGUGGCGAUCCAUCUAUCUUCAAGUAUUCUGCAGGUGCAUGCAUUUCAUCCAACUUCAGUUGCACUGAUCCGACUCAUGAUUUGGUUCAAGAAGGCUGCUCAACUAGUGAUCUUCCAGACUGUUCGCUGAACACAAACACGAACUUCGAUGGAUCAAAGUGUGUCUCUCCUAAAGAUCCAGCAUGUCCAAAGGGUUUAGUACUUAAUAAUUCCGAUCCAAAAACCCCUGUCUGUGUCUCGACCACACCUCCACUGUGUCCAUCUGGGACUAGCCUGGUUGGAUUGAAAUGCCAGUCAUCUCCCAUACCGACUCCAUUCUGUCCAUCACCACUGAAAGCGGACGACAAAUCCUCUAUGUGUAUAACACCAGAUAAUCCACAGUGCCCCUCUGGAAGUACACUGAUGAACAAUGUUUGUGUGACUAUCCAACCGCCAACCUGUCCUGAUGGGGCUGUAUACAAAGAAAAAAAGUGUGUCUCAACCAAAAUUGUUCCCAGCUGUGCGUCGGGAAUGGUGAAAUAUUUGGACACUACAGGAGUUGCUACCUGUUUAGCUGUUUUUGGGCCAACGUGUACGGAUGGCACAUUUUUGGAUAAGGAUAGUGGGAAGUGCAUCUUAUCAGUUGGCACAAGUUCGGGUUGUUUUGAUAUGCAUUUCUGUCCGAGUUGA